AUGUUUCCUCGGAAGCAACUCUCAGGUUCUCAAAAAAGAAAAAGAAAGAAAAGAGAAGAAGAAAUUAUUCAAUCUCAACGGGGAUCUUUAGAUAGAUAUUUUGUUAAAGAAACAAAUGAAUCUGUUGAAAAUCAUGUUGAGAAUUUAGUAAAUGAACAUGAACUACAAAUUCAUUCUGAUGAGUUUGUAGAAAAUCAGAAUGAGGUAAACGAAGAACUUGGUGAUAUAGGUGAAAAUGAAAGUGAUGAAACAGAAAAUAAUGAAAAUCCUUGCCAUGAUGAAAUUAUUGCCAAUGAACUUGAAUGCUUGAAAUCAUCUGCUAAUUUGAAUAUUUUUGAUCCUAGAGUUUGGGAUAGUCUAGAUUCAAAAAUGAGAGACUUGGUUGUAGAAAAAGGACCUAUUACGGAAUAUGAUAUCAACUUUCCUAAGGAUGAAUUAGGUCGGCAUUUUUCUUCUGAGUUUUAUGUUCGAAAAUUACUAAAUGGUGAAUCUUUUGCUAGAAAAUGGUUGAUUUACUCAAAAGAGCUAGAUAAAGUUUUUUGUUUCUGUUGCAAAUUAUUUAAAACAGCUCGCUCGAGAAGUCAAUUAGCAAGUGAUGGGAUAAAAGAUUGGAAACAUCUUGGUACAACAUUAAAUUUACAUGAAAACAAUUCUGAGCACCUCAUUAACUUGAGAACUUGGGCUGAGUUGCGAGUGAGAUUGAAUAAGAAUCAAACAAUUGAUAAAGAGUUACAAGAGUUAAUUAAGAAAGAUACUGAACAUUGGAAAGAGGUUAUGGUCAGAAUAGUUGCUGUUGUGAAAUGUCUUGCAAAGAAUAAUUUUGGCCUUUCGUGGAACAAAUGA